AUGGAAAAUGAGGUUCUCAGGAAGGCACUUGGGCUGCAAGGUUCUGUCAUCUUUGAAAGCCAUACAAAUCUGGGGCAUCUGCAGGAGAAUCCACUGAGUGAAGGGAAGGAUGAUGAACACAUCCCUGCAAUCACAAUUGAAUAUAAGGCACCUCACAAACUCAUGCAGGCUGACAUGGCCACAGGACUGGCCAAAGAGAUCCAUCCCGCCCAGGAUGUUAUUGGUCAGGACUCUGAUGAUGUUGAAUUCUGCUGUAGACAGCUUGUUGCCACAGUUACAACUCAGCUCUUCUCUUACAUGGUCCAAAAAGGGGUGUGUUAUGGCUACAUAUGCACUGGAGAAGCCUUCAUCUUUGUUUACAUCCCAGAUGAUUCAUCUUCAGUUCAGUGUGCGCUUUGCAGACCAGAACUGGAUGUCAAGACAAUUGGUGAGGAUGAGCUACAGUUGACAGUCACUGCACAGGCAUUCGUGGUCGAACACAAAGGGGAGGGUCCGGAUCAGCUGCAAAGUCGCGAGGCACGCCAUGAUGUGGGGAAAGAUGGUAGCCCUCUUGAUCCAUUGUGCCCCAACUACCAGGAUCAUCAGAAGGGCCGGAUCCAGAUACAUGGCUUCUGUGCUGGUAUCCGGAAGCAGCUUGCCAUGGAUCGUGGCCCGGACACUGACUGCCGUCCUCUCUACAAGGCAGGAAGUUGUGGGGCACUGUUCAAAGUCCGGUUCUCAUCGCAUGGAUACACUGUGGUCGCUAAGGGUGUGGAAUACAAGCAUGUGCAUAAGCUCAAACAUGAAAAGCAGAUCUAUGAUGAGCUCCGAGAUCUCCAGGGUGAAUGUAUUCCAGUUUGUCUGGGUGUCAUCCAACUGGCAUUGAAGUAUCCCUAUUACCAUGAUGGCGGAAUCUACACCCACAUGUUAUUUUUGAGCUGGUUUGAGCUGGGCGGGAGAAGCAAUCCAAAAAGCUAG